GAGUCAACCGAAAGCAAGUGGUUCCCAAAAUAAAUUGUUGUGAAGAUGGAUUUUAUCGACCCACCUGCUUUGGACCAUUUGUUUCACUUCCAUCUCCGCUCGCUACGUGCACGAGCAUUUUUGAGGCGCGAUUAUUUCCUCUCUUCUCCAGGUGACACUUGCUCUAAAAUUGGAAGACACGAUCAAAGGACGGAGGGAAAAAAAGAUCCAUUUUUCAAAACUACCCAAAUUCCUGAAUGGCUAAAAACCUGUCUGGGAAUCCAUCAACUACAGGGAAUCCAGAAAUAACUCGAAAAACACCCAAUGGUACAUCAAUUGUUGGUCCAUUAAGCUUCAAGUUUUUCUUUAUUCCCAAUGAUUCAAAAAAGGGGAAGAUUUCAAAUUCAGCGCACACGGGAAAUCAUGUUCCGUCGUAAGGUCCUGAGGGCACAACUGCUCUGUUUACUCGGCGAACAUCGGGCAGGAAGCAAUGGGAACGAGACGGGCAAAGAACGAACGAAAGAAGGAACGAACGAACGAACGAACAAGCGAAAAGAGAGAGCUCGAAAGGCAGAAAAAGAGAAGGAAGAGGCAGAAAGAUCCAUCCAUGAAGGAAUAGUGAAGGAAGCCUGAAGGAAAAGCCGGCGACCGGUUACUCACUCCGUAUAGGUUCUCGCAAGUCCAACAAGGAGAAGGAUCGUGUUCUCAGUUUGAGCCCAAUCUUGAAGUGGCAUACACGAGUUCGAGAGCUUGAUCCAGUGACGGAUAUUCUAUUCAUUCUCGUCGACGUGGUCGUCCCAUGGGGAGAAUUGGACAUUCCCUGGCCUCGCUUGGUGAUCUUGUUUGACGAACAAGUGGUGACCUAAUUGAAUUGUUUGCUCGCGAAUUCCCGACGACUUGGUACAAAAAAGGAAGGGUUGGAAGAUUCCCAUGUCAUGUCCGAAACCCAUUAGCGACGGAGUGGAGUUAUUAAUAUCCUCUAGCUUGACUCGCUCAAGUCCUCCAAGGUUGUUGGACGAAGGCACGUGCCAACCAAACCAGCUCACGGAGCACCCACCAAGAUCCAAAUUGAUUGACUUGCAGGUGUCUUUUUGACUCAUCCAUCUCUUCCAGGAAUUAUUCGUGUCAUUGAGCUUGGUAAACAACCAAAGACACCUUGAGGAGGCUGUUGGUAGUUCUUUCUUUUGUGCCCGAGUGUUGUUCGUUGAACCAGAUCAAAGGCCGAGUGGAGUUGCCUUACGGCCUGAAUUGAGUGAUCCGUGUCGAAAUUACAACGCCUCUUCUGGGUUUCUCAAAAGAAGGCGAAAAAGUGAGGAGAAGAAGAAGCUCACCACCACCAUCACCCCCACCACGACCACCAUCACCUCCAACACCACUCUUCAUUCGAGUCUGGAGGUCAACGGUGGAUGACUGUGAGAGUCUGUGUUAUCUUUGGCCGACAAGGAGCUGUGGAAGACCAAAUUCUCAGAUCUCAACCAACCCCUUGACCUGACUGACCAUGAAGGGAAGGAGAAAGCAAUUUCCCAAAUUGAAGGCAUUCUCAUUGAAGAAGUGAACUGGGGGGACAAUGGCCCCCAACCUCAUGAUCUUGGAUGGUGUGUGAUAUUUUCCUCCAUCGAGCCAAAAUGAUGAUGAGGCUGGUGGUGCUUCUGUUCUUCGAAUGGUUUCUGGCCUUAACUCCCUGUGGUCCAAGUGGGGCCAGGGCCAGUGCCAGUGCCGAGGCCGGGCCUAGGGGCUUCACUGAAGACCCAUUCCUCACCGACGAAAUAUUUCGAGAAAAAGUUAUUACCAAAGAAGUGACCAGCGUGAUCGGGGGCAAAGCCCAAAUUCCGUGUGACCUCACCGCUCCAUUCCCUUCGGAUUCACCUCAUCUGAUCUUAUUUUACAAGGAUGUGUUUGGCACGCCCAUUUACAGCUUCGACAUGCGUCAAGGUGAGAAUGGCCGACAUUGGCGCGAUAAUGGAACCUUGGGUAAUCGGGCCUACUUCAAGUUCUACGAGACUGGGAUGUUCUCGGAAACGGGUGCUCCAAUGAUCCAUUCUUUCCUCGGGAUCGAGCCCCUUCAAGUUCAAGAUCGUGGGAUCUUCCGAUGUCGGGUCGAUUUCCGAGAGGCUCCGACCAGGAACACAAGGAUCAAAUUGAACCUAAUUGUUCCCCCAAGUCACCCAGUGAUCCUCAACGAGUCCGGCCAAAGACUCGUUUUGGCCACGGAACAUGUCCGUGAGGAUUCCACGGCCGUGUUAAUAUGUGAAACCAUUGGUGGCGAUCCCUUGCCCCGUUUGUCUUGGUGGCGUGAGAAGACCAUCGUGGAUGAUGUGGUGGAGGAAGUGGAUGCCAAGAUCUUCAAGGUCAGAAACACGCUGCGUUUGCCUAAUUUGAAGCGCUCCGACCAUGGAACGACGUACACGUGCAAGGCGUUCAAUACGAACCUGACGGCUCCUGUGGAGACCUCGAUCAAGAUCAAUAUGGUUUUCCCACCGGUCCGUGCCAAAAUCGUCCAUGAGUGGGAUUCCUUUGUGGCUGGUCAAGCGUACAACGUGAGUUGUCAGGUCCUGGGUUCGAGACCCCCGGCCAUGACCUCGAUAUUCGUGGGCUCCAGCCAGCUCCGAGAGGUCAAUUAUAAGAUGAACCCCAUGGGCAACGUGACCACAACCACGGUGAUCUUCAUUCCUUCCCGAGAGGAUCAAGGCAAGUUCUUGUCAUGUCGAGCCGAAAAUAUGCAUUUACCCAACAAUGCUGUGGAAGACCAAUGGAGAGUUCAAGUGCAUUAUCCGCCCAAUGUGUCCCUUUUGGUGAGCUCGGCAUUCUUGGCCAUUCCGUCUUUGAAGAAUUUCCCAGAUUCCAAGGACAACACGGUCCAAAGAGGCCCCGAGGCUACUUUGGAGAUUGCCAAGGAUGGGAAUCUGGUCCAGAUUCAAGAGGGUGAAACCAUCAGGCUAAAGUGUCUGGUGGAAGCCAAUCCCAGAGCUACUACUAUCCAGUGGUUUCAUGAUGGCGUCCUAAUGGAUCCAAAAUCGAAAUCACCCAUCGCCACCGAUGCUGCUGCUGCUGCUGCUGCCACUACCACCACUACUGUGCCCACCACCAUCGCCACAGCUGUUGAUGGUAGGCUGCUCAGUCGAGGACUGAGAGUGGACCAAAUCACGCUGAAAAAGAUUCAAUCCUACCAUGGGGGAACCUACCAGUGUCAGGCCUCCAAUUCCUUAGGGGAGGGAGAGUCCAACAUUAUCAAAUUGGAUGUCCGAUCCAUCCCAUCUUGCUUUCGGAAUGGCAACCGUGCCUCGCCCUUCGGAUCAUCCGAAUCCUCCUCAUUAUCAUCAUCUCCUCGUGGUUCUUCCCCGUUGUCCUCGUCACUCUCUUCCCAAGGUGUGGGUGUUCCAGAGGCCAUGGUGAUUAGUGCCUCUCUCCAAGAGAGAAUCGAACUGUCAUGUCUAAUGGAUGCCAAUCCAAGGACUGAUAUUGAGUUCCGAUGGACUUUGAACACCUCGAGCGAUCGAGUGGAUAUCCCGAGGGCCCAAUUCUCCGAGCAUGGCCUUCAGAGCCUUCUCACCUACACGGCACAGACCCAAAUGGACUUUGGAACCAUCAUGUGCUUGGCAAAGAACGAGGUUGGAGAGACAGUGGAUAACCCGUGUGUAUAUCACAUCGUUCCCGCGGGAAAACCUGAAAAGCUCAAGAAUUGCACGACUCUGAACCAAACUUAUGAGUCCCUAACUAUCGUCUGCCAGGCUGGAUUCAGUGUGGGCCUGGAACAGAGCUUCAUUUUGGAGGUCUACGAAGCGAGAUCCAAAACCAUGACCCUGAAUAUUACCACGAAUAAGCCUGCCUUUCACAUCCGAGGUUUGAGUGCGGGAACCGAAUAUUUUGUCGAGAUUUAUGCGGCCAAUUCUAAAGGCCGAUCGGACAAGACCCUAUUCGAGACCUUCACACUCCAGGCAGCGGAAAAGCAAUUGGCCGCCACCACCACGGAAUUAGUAUCGAAUAACCCGAUGCGCCUCCUCCCUAUAAUUGGCGUCCUAAUCUCAAUCGUACUUCUCCUUGUACUCCUGGCUGUGAUCAUUGCUUUGGUGAUGAAAAAUCGAACCUCGAACAACAAUUCCACCACAUCGGCCUCCAACCGGUUACGUCGAGCCUCGUCGCUCUCGACAGAUGGCGCUUCGAGCAUGUGCACCACGAGUGGAACCAUUCUGGCCACCAAGACCGCGGGCAGUACCACGCACAUUUCCUUCAAUCAAUCUUUGGAAGAUGAGGUCUUGAUAGGGGAUAUCAGUCGGACUCCCCGGGUGGACUCUCCCGAUGUAAUUCCUCAGAACGCCGUGUUUUGCCGUGAUUCACCUAGUGACAAUGGUGGAGGUGGAUCGCAUCAUGGGGGAUGUUCCAAUGGUCCCCGUGAGCAUCUUCAUCCAGAGAGUGUCAAUUUCCAUUGCUACCACAAUGGUCGCUCUGAGGAGCAACAACAUCUACUCCAGCAGCAAUUCACUCAAAGGCCGACGAGGGUGGAAUAUCAGCCUCAGUAUGUGGAACUGGCGUUUCAUCAAAAUAAGGACAGUACCAAUUCGAAUUCUGGUAGUAUUGUGGGUGUAUCCAAGGGACGUCGUCACCCGCCCACUGAUCUUAUUCAUUCACCUCACGGGGUUAAUCCCAAUCAAACCCUUUAUGCAACCAUUGACCACCGAAAUCGUAGAGUGGGUGAUGACGGAUCCCACUUGAUGCACAGUCCAAACUGUCCAGUAAAGGGUGGUAAGCCAUUCUCACAUGUUUCGUCCACGAUGCCACGAUCCGUUGGUGUGCCUCGUGUGGAUGUGGUGCCCUCUCCAACCUCCAGUAGUCUUCGUCAAGGUUCAGUCACCCCUGGCGGCGGAACUCUGAAGCGCGUGGCAUUUCGCGACGACGUCAUGAUCUCAAGCCCUUCGUCGUCGUCCGGGGCCUCGACCCAAGCCACCUCAUCCUCCGUGAUUCCAAUCUCCUCGUCAAGCUCAUCCAGAUCUUCCUCUGCAGCACUUCCACGAGAAUCUUCCUUCUCGGGUCAGAACUCUCGGCCCUUGGCUGGUCGGGUUCAUCAAAUGGUCUCAGGACAUCAAACUGGUUCCCCGGGAUACUCGAGCUUAUCCAAUUGUGAUGAAACACCAUAUCCGGAGAGCUCUGGCUUCAGUGAAGCCAUCCCAAGGUCGGCUUCGAACCACUCAACCAAUUCCUCAGUUACGGGCGGGAUUCCAGCCGUUUUGCCAGGACCGCCUCCUGGGUACGAAUCUGAUCAAUCCCGGGCUUCCGGCUCCGAUCCGCACCAAAAGCUCUUGACCUGGUAUGAUCAAACGGGAGGCAAAUCCAAUGCAGGCCAUCAUGCCCCGAGAUUGACAUGUGUGACCUUUGAUCCGUCCAUCACAGAGAAACAUAUUCAAGUUCAAAGUCAGAGCGAUGACAAGUCCUCAAAACGAGCCGUUAACGAUGUAGAAUCCACACUCUAAACCAUUGUUGCUUCCUUUUCUUCCCGUGGAUUGGAUCAGACCGAAGCACCGUUACAGUUUGGGGCCAAUUCUCAAUUUUCUGAGCUCAUUCUACGCCACUGUUUUCUCACGACUUUAAAGUGGUCAAGGGAGGAGGGCCUAUGGAGCCUCAAAAAGUGCUGGCGUCCAGUUAAAGUGUCGUUCAUGGGUUGGGUUUCAUCUCGUGAAGAACGGCAAAAAAGGGCAAUGGAACCACGGACACCAAAAUGACAAAAAGAGGGUGGAUCGUUUUCCGGAACAAGGAAGUGGAUGUCGUCGUUGUCGUCGUCAUCCCACGAGUUCUCUUCAAGGUCGUGGAAAUGCAAUGCGCAAAACGCUGAAUCCGGAGAAAUCGCUUUAACUCGUGCUUCUGCUACCCAUUAGAUUAUAAACUUGUUGCAUCGCCGAUCCAGCACAAUCGCUGGAUUGGGAACACAAUUCAAGAGCGUAUCCAAAGGCUGUGAGCAUUCCGUGUUGUUGUUCUUUUUAUACAUAAAAAAUCACGAUGUAUUGCACUCUAGAUGAAAUAUAUACAACAUAUACCACGAACAACUCCAAGCAUUGGAAUUG